AUGGUAAUUUUGCCUAUUUGUGUCACGCUCAGCCCUCACGGUGAUAUUGAAACAUCGGCGCUCUACUCUGCCGAGAUUCCGCUGAUAGCGAUCGUGUGCCAGGGAGGCACUGGAUGCAACAAGAUGGUCUUGGAGCACAUCAAGAAGCAGCUUCCCGUCCUUGUCAUCCAGGGUAGCGGAGGCGUUGCUGAUCUGCUGGCAUUAGCAUACAAUGAAAUAGACAGACGUGGCGUGACCAUGUGGGAUCCUGAAUUCAUCGAAAACGUUUUAAAGCCAGAAAUAAACUCUCACAUAUGCCAGAUGUUCCCAAAGUUUCGAGACAACGCACUUUCGAGGAACUUAUUCAAGGAUAGAAUCGUCGAGUGUUUGCGCAUCGCGUGUCAGACUCAAGAUCAAAUGUAUUUUACCGUUAUUAAUAUACAGCACCACCGCAAUAACCUGCAGCACCUUGAUGACAUUCUAGUGAAAGCCGUAUUCAAAUUGCAGCAUCAUCAGGCCCACCAAAUAAAAAAGGACAUACUUCUGACAUUGGACUGGAACUGCCCGCAAGUGGCAAUGACAAAAGUAUUUUCGAAGGAUUUCGCCCAGCAGUACCAGAUUGACCGAGAAGAUUUCGAGUAUGCGUUGCUAAGGCCAAAGCGAGAAGAGUUCUUGCACAUUUUUCUCAACCGAGGAUUUCUAAUUCACAAGUACCUGGACCCAAAGAGACUUCGACAACUUUUUGCCAAGAUACAGCAUGAAGAGUUCUUUCGGACAGUUUGCUGGGAAGGAGCCCUUGGCCACAGCCUGCUGUCCAAGAUUGGCAGGAACUUCAUCGAAAUGGAUCUGAACUGGCUAAUAGAGACAACAACCAGCUUGCGAGACUUUCUGAACCAGGAGGAGCUUUCAGCAAACAGUGCUGUAGGAACAUACGUCAAGGACGCGGCGUCAGCUGAGCGGAAGGCUCUGGUCAUCCUUUCGCUGUGGGCCGUGUUCACCAACCGGCGCAAGACGGCUGAGGUGCUGUGGAAGAACUGUGACCAGCCUAUCCAUCUCGCACUAUUGGUGUCCAUGACAUACGAGAGGCUCACUGUCUACGUCUCCGAAGGCACCAUCAAGCAGGAGCUACUAGACACGAGCAAGCAGUUCGCAGCUAUGGCUUCCGGCGUGCUCAACCUAUGCUACUUGGAGUCUCGAUGCCGGGCCUACGACAUACUGAGCGUGCAGACGGCCGAUUGGAAGUACAAGACUGCUGUGGACAUAGCCGCCGAAGCGAGCAACCGCAAGUUCCUUUCGCACCCUUGCUGCCAGAUGUGGCUCACCAACCACUUCCUCGGGCGCAUCAGCAUCCGCGACAUCGCGUGGGGUUUCUUUGGCGUUCCUCUUGGCCUCAAGGUCAUUCUUUGUGCUUUCACAUUUUUCCCCAUGUACUUAUGGGUGCGAUUUAAAAGCGACCCGCAUCAGAGAGAAUACGGUGAAGAUGAAGAAUGCGAGAAAGACUACGGGUUUUCCAAGAGUGGCACGGAGAAUGUUAACACAUUGGCAGACGUGGAUCCGGUGUCUGACAUGAUAUGGAAAUUUCAGCGCUAUGAACUUGUUAUGGACUUUGCAAUGCGGCGGUGCCUGCCUCCACCGCUGAAUGCAAUCACAUUUGUGUGGCUCCUCCUGUCCGGUCUCUUCAGCCUGUGCACCCUUGUAUUCAAGAAGAAAUGCGAUCGUCAUCAUCAAGCGAAAGCUCUGAGCACUAUGAAAGGACAGAAGCUCUCGGAAAGAGAUUGCCACUACUGGAAGCAGAAGGCUCUCGAAUACAGCAACAACGCUGAUUCUGCGAACGAGAAUACCUUGGAGAAGCACUAUGAGAAGCUCACGCUGAUCAUGGAAGACAUCGACUACCAGCGCACGCUGCUCGAUCAACUUCACGGCCAAGUUCAGGAGGUCCAACGGAAAAUCUCUUUGUCUGUCGUCCACCUCGAAACGCUUAAACAAGUUUCCCUAAGGGCAGAUCCAACAUCGUUGAGCACUUCGAUGCCGACCCAAGCAACCAUGCACUAUAUCUCACGCCAGUCUCCGUAUCCUGGGACGAAGAUACAGCGUUUCCCAGUGCCCGACAAGUUUGUUCCAUGGGAAGCUAUGUGGCUGGACUAUGAUCCUGUAACAUAUACAAGACCUCGGUUGCAAUUUCCGGGACCCCUUCAAAUCUACGUGGACGAGGACAUACUGAUGCUCAGUACGGGCGAACACGUGCAAAGUUUGCCAUCGCUCAAGUGGAACUGCCUCUCGAUGUCACCUGCCGGCAUUAGCAUUGACCGAAGAUCAUGGAUCGUUGACGCCGACGGAACGAAUAUUGUUUACAUCUUAGAGAGCGAGGGAGUCCCGCGAAAUCCUUCCGGAAGAACUGGACUCAAAGGAAAAGGAGCACUUCCACGUUGGGGGCCGAACCACUAUGUCCUCUUCAUCAUUAGCAGGUACCAGAGGUCAAGAUCAUCUUUAUUGCAAGGAAGAGGAUUGGAAAUUGCCCUAAUGAAGAUAUUUCGAACCGACCAGUUUGUUUUGCCUGGGGACUUUGUGCCAGGGGAACAGAGAUACGAAGGUGUUAUGCGCGUAUGCUUCAAGAUUCCAGAUGGCAUGCCAAUGACAACUGCGGAACACGUGAAAGGCUUUUUUUCUGCCUGCCUGAGCGGCAACACCGACAUGAGCGACUCGAGCCAGGUAUUGGAAUGCUCAAUAGCCCGUCGGGGCUACAUGGACGACCCCAUGAACACGGAUAACUGUUGGAGGGAAGUGGAGCUGUGGAAGAUACACUACAAUGUGAAAGAAACUUUGGCAGAAAAGUUCCAGCCGAAUGUUGUAUGGAGGUUGGUGACAGAUGACCUGUUCCUCAAGCUUCCGUCUGGGCACAGCAACCUUUUCAAUGAAGUCUGGAAUUUCCAGGGGACGCUUACCACAUAGCGGGAAUUCCGUUCGAAUUCAAUAUGCCGUUUCCAUAGUGUACAGCAACAGUCAGUUUAAUAUAUCUAACUAUCA